UACAAGGAAAAGAUGAAGGAGCUGUCCAUGCUCUCGCUGAUCUGCUCCUGUUUUUACCCGGAACCUCGCAACAUGAACAUCUAUAAAUAUGAUGGUGAGACUUACAAUUUCCCACCUUAUUGUUCAGACAUGGAAGUGAAACAAAUCAACAAACGUGCCUCAGGCCAGGCAUUUGAACUGAUCCUGAAGCCACCAUCUCCAGUCUCAGAAGCACCACGAACUUUAGCUUCUCCAAAGAAGAAAGAACUCUCUCUUGAGGAGAUCCAGAAAAAGCUGGAGGCUGCAGAGGAGAGGAGAAAGUCCCAGGAGGCCCAGGUGCUGAAACAUCUGGCAGAGAAGAGAGAACAUGAGCGAGAAGUGCUUCAAAAAGCUUUGGAGGAGAACAAUAACUUCAGCAAAAUGGCAGAGGAAAAGCUGAUACUGAAAAUGGAACAGAUCAAAGAAAACCGUGAAGCUAAUUUAGCUGCUCUUAUUGAACGCCUCCAAGAGAAGGAGAGGCAUGCUGCAGAGGUCCGUAGAAACAAGGAGCUCCAGGUGGAACUGUCUGGCUGAAAACAGCAAUGGUGGAUGUGACCCAUCCCCACCAUUAGUAAACUCCCCCUGCCUAUAUUAUUAUGGAUCAUGCGAUAUAAGUAUGGGAAAUGUAUGACGUGGUUUAAAAAAACAAAAAAGUAAAAAUCAAGAACUCAAUAAAAAACUUUAAAAAAGAAACAAAAAAAAAAUAAAAACAAAAACAAUGCGGUCUCUUUGCAGAAUGAUUUGCUUGAUGUUUAAAAAACUUGGAUCUUAUUUUGUAAAUACUUACAUUUUUGUUAAAAAAUACAAUUAUUGCAUUAUGCAAGCUAUUUCAUAAUCUUACAUGUCCUGUAACAGGCUUCUGAUGUUGUCUAUUUCCACUCGGUUGAAUUUGCUGGGUCUGUUCAUUUGAAGCACCUCACGUCUAAUUCCAUUCCCUCCAACUUCUCAUUCCAACCCACCAUGAGGUCAGUAGUAGUUCUAUGGUGCUAGAGACCAGUCAUUGCCUAAUAACCUAGACUGC